AUGGUGGAUAACCCCCCCUACAUCGUUAUCGCCCGUUUCAUCGGAAUCGCGAAUACGGUCGAGGCAGGUCGCCCUAUUGCUAUUAGAUCUGUUUCACUCCCAACCCCUGCCGAUACGCCACCGGACCCAAAUGGCCGAUCCCUCAGCGCCAGCGACGCCUCGUCAGGCCCCCGUGACCGUCCCACCUCCGCGCGCAGUGCUCGCAGCGCCCGCAAGAAUACCAUGGAGACAUUAUCACCGUCAGGGGAAACUCGAGCACGAAGAUCAAUGGAUGAGCGGGUGAUCUCGCAUGAUCAUGCGCCGUCGCUCCACAGCGUCCCCAGCAUUUUUAUCAACGAUGCAGCUGCCCGGCCUAGUUCGCGACCAGGGUCUCGACCCGGCUCCAGAUGGUCGGAGCGGAAGUGGGGUGGUUUGAGGAAGAGGUCCACGGAGUUGGAGCGUAAAAUGAGCACCGAGGAAUUGCCCCCAGUACCUCAAAUCGACUCGGCAUUUAAUCGCAUUAGCAUGGAUAUACCCACGGGCACUCUGGAUGGUUUGGCGCAGACAAGUAUGAAGUUUUCCAACCGCGGUAGUUUGAUCAGGUCUCAAUCGAAGCGACCGGUGUUGAAACAGCUAGAUUCGCAGUCAGAGCAUCCCUCCGAACAGAUUUCAGAGGUACAGAGCUUAGAACCACAGGCGGAUCAAGUGUCGAUUCAACAAUCUAUACAACCCGAGCCGGAGUCGAUUACUACGGCGCGGCCCCCGUCAACUGGCCUGGAUGGAGCAAACGAGGAAAUACCAAAGGCAACCCCACGUCCCUACAAAGUGCAAAGCACCCUCCGACCAAGACAAACGAGCCUUCAAUGCAGAGCAGUUUCGGCGGACGAAGACAUGUUAUCGCGACGAGUACGGCUGAUGUAUGAGAGGGGUGAUGAUACCGUGACCGAUAUGGAUGUCGCAAAAGCGAUGGCGUCGGAUAAUGGCGUGCUCUGGGAGGAAUCUGCAUCCCCGGAUAUCGAGACAUCUUCAACCCCAGCUGCUCAGCUUGAUGCGCCGUCGCCAGACUCAGCAGCAAGAGCAUCGGCUGAAGUAGAACGCAAGCGAAUGAAGCGGGAAACCCAGGAACUUGCAGGUGGGAUUGAGUACUGGCAAAAUGUUGGCGCAGGACAAGUGGAUCGAUAUGGGUUCAUCCAUGCUCCUGAGGAUGGCGAACCUCACCCUAUCCAGCGAGUCACCACCAGUCUUCAGCUCGCCGCCGAGACCCCUCGUCGCAAACGGUCGAUUCGUCCCCCAACUUCUCGUACCAAUACUCGUUCAUUCAGUGGCCAGUCUCCAACUCGUGAUUUAUCCCAGACCUCCGCGACAGGCCGUCCUACAUCAUCGGCCAGCAAUAUGAGCCUGCCAGUUCGACGUUCAACAUCCCGGCUGCGCUCUGCAACCAACCGUCUUCCGCAUAACAGAGACCGAAAGUUCACCGACGAGGCAGCUGACAUGCUGACUCUUCCAGCGGAUGACCCCGGUGAAGGGAGAGAUACCCCAGCUGCGCGCGCAAUGCGGAAGAAGGAAUGGCAGCGAGAAGACAAGUGGACGAAGAUGGCCAAGCCAGUUAAAAAGAACAGAGAUGGCGGUGGAAUGAAAUUCGAGUUUGAUACACAUAGCUCAAAAUUGAUUGAGCGGACAUGGAAGGGAAUCCCAGACCGAUGGCGGUCCUCAGCCUGGUAUUCCUUCCUUGAGGCCAGUGCGAAGCGAAAACCAGACAGUCCGUCGGAGGACGAACUUAUGGAGGCUUUCCGUGAAUACCAAUAUGUUUCCUCGCCAGAUGACGUUCAAAUUGAUAUCGAUGUACCCCGUACAAUCACCAGUCACAUCAUGUUCCGUCGACGGUAUCGCGGUGGUCAACGUCUGUUAUUCCGAGUCCUCCACGCUAUGUCCCUUUAUUACCCUGAUACUGGUUACGUGCAAGGCAUGGCGGCUAUAGCGGCUACUCUGCUAGCGUACUACGAUGAGGAACACGCAUUUGUCAUGCUGGCCCGCUUAUGGCAGCUUCGUGGCUUAGAACAAUUGUAUAAAUCUGGAUUCGCAGGGCUCAUGGAAGCGCUGGAUGAUUUUGAACGCGAGUGGCUGGCAGGUGGUGAAGUAGCCACACAAUUGAAUACGGUUGGAAUCCCGCCUACUGCUUAUGGUACCCGGUGGUAUCUGACACUGUUCAACUAUUCUAUCCCAUUCCCGGCCCAGCUUCGAGUAUGGGAUGUCUUUAUGCUCCUGGGUGAUGCCGAAGAACACCCCGGUCCCUCACGUCCAACCACAUCUAGUGGACGAGGACUCAAAAAGGAACCACCACCAUCACUACAACUUGGCACAUUUGGACAAAGCCUAGAUGUCCUUCACGCCACGUCUGCUGCCUUGAUCGAUGGCAUGCGCGAUAUAAUUCUGGACUCUGAUUUUGAGAACGUCAUGAAAGUUCUGACAAGCUGGGUUCCAAUCCAGGACACCGAGCUCUUCAUGCGUGUCGCCAAAGCCGAAUACAAGGUCCAUCGCCGAAAGAAAACCCAUUAA